AUGUCGCUGUCCACGAGCAUCCAGACUCCCAUAGUCACAUUUGAACAGCCAUUGGGCUUGUUCAUCAACAAUCAAUUUGUCAAGGGCCUCGAAGGCAAGACCUUCGAGACUGUGAACCCAACCACCGAAAAGCCAAUCGUCUCCGUCCACGAGGGAACCGCAGAGGACGUUGAUAUCGCGGUCAAAGUCGCACGCGAGGCCUUCGAGCUCUGGGCUGAGGUGACUCCCUCAAACCGUGGUCGUAUGCUCACCAAGCUGGCUGAUCUUUUCGAGCGCGACAUUGAGACCCUUGCCGCUAUUGAAUCACUUGAUAAUGGCAAGUCUCUCAUCAUGGCUAAGAACGAUGUCAGAAAUGCUGCCGGCUGUCUGCGCUACUACGGUGGUUGGGCAGAUAAAAUCAUCGGUCAGACAAUCGAUACCGGUAACGAGACCCUGACCUAUACCCGUCACGAGCCUAUAGGUGUUUGUGGUCAAAUUAUCCCCUGGAACUUUCCAAUUCUGAUAUGGGCUUGGAAGGUCGGCCCAGCUAUCGCCGUUGGCAACACGGUGAUUGUGAAAACCGCCGAGCAGACCCCUCUCUCAGCUCUAUAUGCCUGUAGACUAAUCAUUGAAGCUGGAUUCCCGCCCGGUGUCAUUAAUGUUAUAUCCGGCUUUGGUCGUACUGCUGGCGCCGCUAUAUCAAGCCAUAUGGAAAUUGAUAAAGUCGCCUUUACCGGCUCUACUCUAGUUGGCCGCACUAUCCUCCAGGCUGCUGCUACGAGUAACUUGAAGAAAGUCUCUCUCGAGCUAGGCGGCAAGUCACCUAAUAUCGUAUUUGAUGACGCUGAUAUUGACAAUGCUAUCUCCUGGUCUAACUACGGCAUUUUCUAUAAUCAUGGACAGUGCUGUUGUGCCGGUUCGCGCCUGUUAGUACAGGAAGGUAUCUACGACAAGUUUAUUGCCCGAUUUAAAGAGCGUGCUGCUCAGAACCGGGUUGGCGACCCCUUUGCUCCCGAUACAUUCCAAGGUCCUCAGAUCUCCCAGCUCCAGUUCGACCGUAUAAUGGAGUACAUCAACCAUGGCAAGGAAGAGGGUGCUACUCUUGCGCUAGGUGGUGAGCGCCACGGUACCAAGGGCUACUUUAUUCAGCCCACCAUCUUUACCGACGUGACUUCAAACAUGAAGAUCGCCCAAGAAGAGAUAUUUGGACCCAUUAUUGUGGUGCAAAAGUUUAAGGAUGAGGCAGAUGCCAUCAAGAUUGGUAACAGCACCAGUUAUGGGCUGGCUGCUGGUGUGCACACGUCCAACCUCAAUCGGGCUAUACGCAUGUCUAAUGCUCUCAAAGCUGGAACCGUAUGGGUCAACAACUAUAACAUGAUCUCCUAUCAAGCGCCUUUUGGCGGCUUCAAGCAAUCGGGGUUUGGGCGCGAACUUGGUUCCUACGCCCUGGAAAACUACACUCAGAUCAAGGCAGUGGUCUGUCGCCUGACGGAUGCGCCGUUUUCAUAA